UGACACGGUGUUAUUGGACUCGGAGAUGUCUCAUCAUGAGCCCCUACAGCUACCGCUGAGCUGAGUCCGUGACCCUCGGGGGACCCACAGAGUAGAACGCGCGUAACUUUAUGGAAGACCAACCAACCAACCAUCAACCCAACCUUGGGACUUUGGCUUCCAGCCCCCGAUGGAGGGUCCAUUUCUCGUCUUGACAUCGUACAGGAGCCUCAUCAACGGAGUUGCGGCCCGAUCAUCGCGCCCCAGAAAAGCUCAAGCCUUCAGCCAUGGAAAGUCUGCAGGAUGUCUGGUAUACAACGAGGCGGCCAGGCCGCCAGGACAACCAGGACGACCAAACGUACCCUGACAUGAGCGUUUUGCAGGAAUACAAGGCGGCCCUUCUAUCACAAGAAAGGACGGAAUGCGAUAUUGACUUCUUCAAGGAGGCACCGGCAGACUUGGUAGCAAACUUCUGUGGCGAAUGCAUCGAGCCCUCCUUCCCCUCGAAUCUCUUCAACAGACUGCAAGAUCUGGUGCCAUCCGCAGAAGAAGUGGAUGUGCUGCGGGGGACGUUUCUUUCCCGAUUCCUGUCCGGAUGCCCGUUUCUACGCGACCUCUCCCCAGAAUUGUUCCACGACCGGUCACGCUAUUUGUCUUUGUCAAUGGCCUUCUUGGGUGCGGUGAUCCUCGCCGAAAUUGAACGCAGCCGUAGCCUCUGGAACCUUGCCACAAAGACUCUCAUGGCUACAUUAGCUCUGGACAAUAGCCAAACACGCCAUACGGAAAUCCCUUUAGCCUGUAUUCUUCUAGAGACCGUCGGCGUGCUGUCGAGCGACUUGAGCAUCUGGCAUAUUGCCAAUAACGUCCACGGUUGCGUAGAAGCAGUACGCGGUAACUUAUUUCCCUCCCGCUUGUAGACUGUGCUGAGAUGUAUGAGAUGUCCAAGAGAAUCUGGAACAAUACCGCGGAUCCAGUUUCGGGUAAAGCCUCCGCCAUCAAAAACCGGAGUAGCAUGAUGUUUUAUGUGGUGUUGAUCGACACGCUGCGUUCGCUGCACAUGGGUACGACUGUAUCGAGCAUAUCCGCCUUCGCUGACAUCACACUCGAGCCGCCAUAUUACUCACUGUCGAGUCUCGUAUCGCGAACCCUUUUUGCUGGUCCGCAAACCGAGUGGCCGGUUUUCACCCAAAACAACGCACUCAUAACCAUUCUCCUUUUACUCAACCACACACUCGUCUGGGCACGCGAAAUGUUCCCACUGGCUGCAGCGGAGAGGCACAUCUCACCACACACUCGAUCUAAACUCGAUGCCGAAGCUCAAAAGUGUCGCGUCAGAAUCGAGAGAGCGCUCGAUAAAUGGGAAGAGCAGUACAAGCGUG